AAUGACAGACUCCGACAUAUCAUUUGUGAGUAGUGGAAGACCAAGCGUGGAUCUUAUGUUCCCUUCCUUUGAUGACCAUAUUGAGGUUCCCCGCCUCUCAGUCAACUCUGAUUAUGAAGAAAAUCGUAUUAGUUUUGCGACCUCAUCCUCUUCGGAUAAGCAGUCCAUCGAUCUUGGCUCUUCAUAUACAGCCUUCUCUUCAAGCUCCGGGAGACCUUCAUGUUCCCUAUCUACCCAAGUAAGCAUGCACACACAUUUGCAUGAGAAACGUUCUUUUUAAUUUAAUUUAAUUUAAUUUCUACUGAUUAAUCAAGAACUGACAGGAUGAGAUUGAAGCCGAGAUGAGAAAGCUGAAAAUGGAGCUAAAGCAUACAAUGGACAUGUAUAACAGUGCAUGCAAGGAAGCAAUCUCUGCUAAGAAGGCGGUAUGUUUGUAUGUUUAAAACUAAUUUCACUCUGAUUCAAUCUCACACCUAACUUAUUCAUUAUCUGAUCCAUCUCUGCUCAGGCUACUGAGUUACACAAGUGGAAAGCAGAUAAGGAACGUAAACUCGAAGAGGUAAGACUUUCGAAGGAAGAAGCAAUGGCAAUGGCUGAGAGUGAGAAAGAAAAGAGCAGAGUAGCCAUUGAAACUGCAGUAGCAGCUCACAGAAUAGCAGAACUUGAAGCUCAAAAGACAAAGCAUAUUAUUGAGGAAAAUAACAAGUCUGUAGUGAAAACAACUGAUUUGAGAUACAGAAAAUAUAUAAUUGAGGAGAUUGAAGAAGCCACUGAAGAUUUUUCACCGAGUCGAAAGAUUGGAGAAGGAGGCUAUGGUCCUGUUUACAAGGGAACACUGGAUUUUACUCAAGUGGCAAUAAAAGUACUAAGACCAGACGCAGCACAGGGAAGGUCUCAGUUCCAGCAAGAGGUUGAAGUGUUAACCUCUAUGAGACAUCCAAACAUGGUUCUCCUACUUGGAGCAUGUCCGGAAUACGGAUGUUUAGUCUAUGAAUACAUGGCAAACGGUAGCUUAGACGACUGUCUUUUCAGACGAGGAAACUCUCCAGCCCUUUCUUGGCAGCUAAGAUUUCGCAUAGCUGCUGAAAUCGCAACCGGUCUUCAUUUCCUCCACCAGAUGAAACCGGAGCCUCUGGUGCACCGUGACCUUAAACCAGGAAACAUUUUGCUUGACCAGCAUUACGUCAGCAAGAUCUCUGAUGUUGGCUUGGCCAGGCUAGUCCCUCCAUCGGUUGCUGACACUGCAACUCAAUAUAGAAUGACGUCAACAGCUGGAACAUUCUGUUACAUUGAUCCAGAAUACCAGAAGACCGGCAUGUUGGGGACUAAAUCAGACAUUUACUCGUUUGGGAUUAUGCUUUUGCAAAUACUUACAGCUAAGCCACCAAUGGGUUUGACUUAUCACGUCGAGAGAGCAAUCGAAAACAGAACUUUCGCUGAGAUGUUAGACCCUUCUGUGCCUGACUGGCCACUCGAAGAGGCCUUGGUUGCCGCCAAACUUGCUGUACAGUGUGCUGAGUUAAGACGCAAAGACAGACCUGACUUGGGGAAUGUUGUUUUGCCUGAGCUUAACAGACUCAAGACACUAGCUGAAGAAAGCAUGCUCCCCACUAACAUUGGCGGAAGCAAACGACCUACAAGGAACCGGAAUAAUAAUAUCUACAUCAAAAGUCCAUUGUCCACGACUUCACUACAUGUAUGAAUCAACAAAACACCUUUUUUAGAAAUUUUUUUGAAGAUGCCUUUGGUUUCUAAGCUAUAUUUUUCUCUUUUGCAGGAAAUUAUGAGUGGUCCACAGCUACAUUAUGCAUCUGAUACCCCAAGUAUCCACAAAAAAAUUGCAUCUUGAAGAGAAAAAUCCAAAGUAAGAACAUGUACAUGGAGAGGAAGGCUAAACGUUUUUGGUCAACAAAUUUUAUACACCGAACAUUUUAACAGAGUAAUCUGUUUAUAUGAUGUUGGGGUUUUAGAGUUCCUAUGAUGUUAACACUAAACCCUUGUACACUUCAGAAUCUAUACGAACAUUUUUUCUCAUUUCGAGAAUGCAAUUGAGACAGUUCGCUUCUCGAUAUAAUAUCUACAUGAACUUUUAUUUGUUUGCUUAUUUGAUGUACAUUUUGAUAUCUCUCUAUGAGUUUAUUAAGAAAAUAAUUCAAAUAACCUUAUUUGAUUUAAUCAUAUUUUAAUAUUAUUCUUAGUCACAUAUAUAGUUAAAUAAAUUAUCUUAUAGACCAAAAUUGGUAUAUUACAUUUAUAGCCAAAUAAAACUACAGAUUCAAACCAAUGUGAUUGUAUGUUUUUAUUGUAAUUGCAAAAGUUCUAGUUUCUAAAAAAAUUCAUAUUUGAAAUUGUUUUUAACUUUUCUUAUAUGCAAAUUUCUUUAAAUUUCCAAUAUUUUCAGAUAUGAAUCUGUUGCACUAGACAUCAUCGGCAAAGGGAAAUUGCCACAAAUGCCACAUUUAUAGUAUCACUUUUCAUGUUACACUAAUCACUUUUACCCUCACUUUUAAUGAAAGUUAAAAAACAAUUCUACCUGUAAGGUUA